UUAAUGAUUUUUAAUUUCUAUAGGGAUUACACUGUAUUAGUGUUUGUUACAACUAUUUUUGUGCUCUGACUGAUGUAGAUUGCGUGUCUUUAGUCGUUGAAGUGAAAGUGGAAUGGGGAUUAUGUUGGUUUGAAGCCAGUUUAUCUUCAUAUUGUAAUGCACGUGGCCUUUUUAACAAUUUCGCGGGUAGUACGAUAUAAGUCAUUCGUAACACAAAGGAAUUGUUGAAGACAAAUUGAAAACGUACACAGAAUGCAGACAAACACGGACGUCUAUAGGUUUUAGCCCGCGGCAAAUGAGGUAUGAAUGCUUCUGGAAAUUUCACUACGAGUGUGCGUGUAUUGCGCAUAUCUUUUAAUUUUUUUACAUAGCUCUUAUGGAGUUGCUUAUAGAAAAAAACACGGAUGUGUGGAGCACGCUAUCGCCCGAAACCAAUAACAUAUCCGCAAUCCGAGAUUGAAAGCAAUCUAGAUAUGUUAAUAGCUAUGGAUCGAUCUUCGAUCCGAGUCCCAAUAACUAAUCUCUACAGCUGCAAUCCUUUUUUAACAACGGAUAGCCAACGAUCCUUUCCCUCUUAACCAUUCCGUCUUACGCCGAACUUUAAUAUUCAUUAUGGUAUGUUCAUUUAUUUGAAGUCCCAAAUAUACCAUUAAAUUUUUUCUAUAACUAUUUGGAUUUAAUUAUUUAUAAAAUUGCUACUAUAAUACACCAUAUUUGACAUCUAAAAAUGUUAUAACUUCUUAGUUUAGACGUUCAUGGACGAAUAAUUUUGUACAGUGAGUAACGGAACGUUACGAAAACAGCCAUUGGCAUUUAAACAAAAAUACGAAAAGUUAGUUUGUAUGUACUGUGUUUCUUGUGUUUAAUUUUCAUUUUGAAAUGGAUUCUGAAGUGGUAAGUAAUUUUGUGACAUAAAUUACAUAUGUAAAGUACAAUCUAGUGGUGAAUUAUCCUUUCCCACGCAUUGUUUAAUGUAGUUAAAAAAUACAAUAACCUUUUCACUUUUAGGUAAGAGGCAAACCUCUGUCUAAAGAUGAAACGAAAGCAUUAAUAGAAUUGAUAGAGAAUAGCAGAAUAAUAACCACCAAGACGACCAACGCCACCAACAACAGCUUAAAAAAAAAAGAGUGGCAUUGUAUAGCGGAGCGAUUUAACGCAAACACUGCUACUUGUCGUCGUACACCGCAACAACUAAGGUUGAAGUGGGAAAAUUUAAAGAAAAACUGUCGCAAAUACAAUACCAAGAUAAGGAUGAAUCGCAUUAAGACUGGUGGUGGCGUUGCUGAAUAUAUACCUCCAGACGAAAUAUUGGACAGAGUGGGUUCAUUAUUAGGAAGCACAGUCAGUGGAUUCGUAGUGCCAUUUGGGGGUGAUAGGGAACCAGAAAUGUUAAUUGCUGGUUGUAGUGACUGUGCUAAUGUUGACUCCUCUUGUGAAGAUGCCAGGGUUUUAAAUGUGGAAAUUAAAAAUAACUCAACCCCACCAGUGUCUUUGGCCAAAUCUGUUGUGUUGGACUGUGAGUUGAAUGACAAUAGUGAGGUUGUGUUGGCUCCAGACGAACCUCACCAUGUCUCAUUUACUACACCUAGAAGAGAGAAAAAAAAAAGGAAUCGAGAUGAAGGAAGAUCUGCAAGGAAUGUUGCAAUAGCUGAGUAUUACUCAGAAAAGAAAAAAAAUUUGAAAAGCAACUUGCUACAAAACAAGUUAAAAAACAAGAACAUUAAAUUAGAAAAUAAAAAAUUAAACUUAGAGAUAGAAAAAUUAAAAUUAGAAAAUCAUAAAUUAAAAUUAGAAAAUCAAAAAUUAAACAUAGAGUUAGAAGAAAAUUAAGAUUAGAAGAUAAAAAAUUUAUGUUAAGAUAGUUUUUAAGGUUUGAAAUAUUAA